GCGGAGCGGAAGGUACUACUUCUCGGGGCACAACCUCUUCCGGUCCUCUUUCCAGCUUCCCGUGCAACAUGACCAAGAAAAGGAGGAAUAACGGUCGUGCCAAGAAGGGCCGUGGCCACGUGCAGCCCAUCCGCUGCACCAACUGUGCCCGCUGUGUCCCCAAGGACAAGGCUAUCAAGAAGUUUGUCAUCAGGAACAUUGUGGAGGCGGCGGCUGUGAGAGACAUCACAGAGGCCAGUGUCUUUGACUCCUAUGCCCUGCCCAAGCUCUACGUGAAGCUGCACUACUGCGUCAGCUGUGCCAUCCACAGUAAAGUGGUGAGGAACCGCUCCUGUGAGGCCAGGAAAGACCGCACCCCACCACCCAGAUUCAGGCCCGCUGCCAGUGCACCAAGAGCCCCUCCUAAGCCCAUGUAAAGCAGAAUUCGAAGAUGCUGUUCACUUGAUGAAUAAAUUCAAAGUCUUUACAAAAUCUUGA